AUGCCUAGCUCGACUGCUUCAACUGGCCGAGGCGGAUUCAGUCAGGGGCAAGCUUCAACGGCCGACAAAGCUGGGCUUUUGAGGGGAGGUCGUCCCGCCGGUCGUGUCCUGGGUGCCCCUCUACCAGAGACCGACAAAACUCGCGAACUGGAUAAUCAAGGGGUACUGCAGCUCCAAAAGGAAGAGAUGCAGAACCAAGAUCUUGCAGUCGACCAACUCACCGCGAUCAUCAGACGACAGAGAGAAAUGGGCGAGCAGAUCCACGAAGAAGUCGAGCAUCAGAUCCGAAUACUAGAUCAGCUCGACGACGACGUCGACCGCACAGGAGCGAAGCUAAAGGUAGCCAACAACCGUAUUAAGAAGAUGUGA